AUGUGUUGUAGCGGAGAGGUGUACCAAGUACACGUGACAACAGGGGACGUCCUGUAUGCUGGAACAAUGAACAAUGUCCUCAUAAAGUUAGUUGGCACUGAUGGGGAGAGUGACCAGACCCUGCUCUAUAAUAAGAAGGGUGGUUUCUACCAAGGUUCGACAUGCACAUACAGUGUGAAAUGCCCAGUGUCCUUGGGGAAGCUUGUGCUGAUUGAAGUAGAGAAGCAGAAGUACUCAAUAUUCCCAGAAGAUGACUGGUUCUGCUCUAAGAUAGCCGUGACGACGCCAGAUGGGGACAGUGUCAGCUUUCCAUGUUACCGCUGGCUGUGGGACAGAGAGAAAGUGGUCCUUAUGGAGAGCACAGCCAAAAGAGUGUUUGAUGACAGUCUCCCCCUGGCACAAUACCACCGGGAGAAAGAGCUGCAGAGCCGCCAAAUGGAAUACAGGUGGUCUGUGUACAUGGAGGGUAUCCCCCAGUGCCUGAAGGCGGACUCCCCCACCUCCCUGCCUGCUGCAGUGCGCUUCUCGUUCAAGAAGUCCACUGAGUUCGCCUUCAACAACUCCUAUGGGCUGGCUGAGCUUAAGCUGAAGGACUUCACAGAGUGCAAACAACAGUGGACAAAAAUGGAGGACAUCAAGCGUGUUUUCUGUACCAAACGAACUGAGAUUUCAGCGUAUGUCCAGGAGCACUGGAAAGAAGAUGCAUUUUUUGGGUACCAGUUUUUGAAUGGUGUAAAUCCCAUGGUGAUCAAGCGUUGCUCCAAACUUCCCCGUAACUUCCCAGUCACUGAUGACAUGGUGAGACCUUUCCUGGAGCCUGGUACUUGCCUCGCAGCAGAACUACAGAGGGGCAACAUCUUCUUGUGUGAUUACAAGAUUCUGGAAGGGUUGCCAACGAAUGCGAUCAACCAAAAACAGCAGUACCAGGCAGCUCCUCUAUGCCUGCUGUACAAGAACGCGGAGGACAAACUGUUGCCCAUUGCCAUCCAGCUCAACCAACAGCCAGGAGAUCUGAACCCCAUCUUCCUGCCCAGUGACUGCGAACAUGACUGGCUGCUGGCCAAAAUGUGUGUGAGGAGCGCCGAAUUCUGUGAACACCAGCUCAAUUCUCACCUGCUUCGCGCACACCUGUUGGCUGAAGUCUUUGCCAUGGCAACACUGCGCACCUUACCCAUGGUGCACCCCCUGUACAAGUUACUGAUCCCUCACACCCGCUACACCUUGCAAAUCAACCACAUGGCCCGACAAGUGCUGAUCAGUGAGACUGGAUCAUUCACACAGAUUUCUUCAAUUGGAGGGGCAGGAAUCAGCCUGAUGCUGAAAAGGGCCUUGUCCUCGCUGACAUACAGCUCCCUCUGCUGCCUGCCAGAGAACAUCUCUGCACGUGGCCUGGAGUCUGUGCCCAAUUUCUACUACAGAGAUGAUGGACUCAGGCUGUGGAACAUCAUCAACAAGUUUGUCCAAGGGAUUGUCUGCCACUAUUACUCUUCUGACAUGGAGGUGCAGAAGGACUCUGAGCUGCAGAGCUGGAUCAGGGAGAUAUUCGUUCAUGGUUUCCUGGAACGCAGCUCCUCAGGUAUCCCACAGUCCUUCUCUAAAGUUGAGGAGGUUGUGAAAUUUGUCACUAUGGUGAUCUUCACAGGUUCAGCACAACAUGCAGCUGUAAACAGCGGACAGUUUGACUUUGGUGCCUGGAUUCCAAACAACCCCUUCACCAUGCAACGUCCUCUACCCACCGCUAAAGGAAACACUUCUCAAAAUACCAUCCUGCAAACACUGCCAGAUAUCAACAUCUCGGUCCAGGGCAUGUCCAUCUUCUGGGUCCUCAGCCGGACAUCUAGUGAUUUUGUUGCCCUAGGUGUUUACCCUGAGGAGUACUUCACUGAAAGCGUCCCCUGCAAACUGAUUAAGAAAAUGCAACGGAAGUUGAAGGGUCUGAGUGAGGAGAUAAAGGAGAGGAAUGCAGAACUAAAGCUGCCCUACCCUUACCUCUGUCCAGAGGAAGUGGAGAACAGUGUAGCCAUCUGA